AUGAAGUCACUCUUUUCAAUACACAUCAUCAAACCCAAACUCCCCUUAAACCUCUUUUUAUCCACCCUGAAGCCCUUCUGCACUACAAACUCUCAAACCCCUCUUCCUUUGAAAAAGACCAAACUUUCAAAAAGCAGGGUAAAGGUUGGGGCAAAAGUAGCUGAUGAUGCCCAACUUAAACAAAACUGGUUAAAGUCUCUCACCUUUCCUUUACCUGAUGAAACUGAGACUGCAAAUUUGGGUGGAGAUGAUUUGGCCCGGAAUAAUGUGGGUUCCAAUUGCGUUAUCGGUAUUGACCCUGAUCUUUCUGGUGCUUUGGCGCUUCUGAAAAUUGACGAGUCUGGUUGCUCUGCUCAGGUGUUUGAUUCUCCUUACUUGAAAGUAAUGGUUGGAAAAGGAACCCGGAAGCGAUUAGAUGUUAAGUCUAUCGUUCAGUUGAUUCGUAGUUUCGAUGCUCCAAUUGGGAUGGUGGAGUGGAGGAUUUGGUUAUGGAUUAUGGAUUGGGGUGUUAGUUGCCUCAGGGUUCUCUGUAGUUCCAGUACCAUCUAUGACAUGGAAGAAUGA